AUGCCAAAGAAAAACUACACCGAAGUGACUGAGUUUAUUCUCCUGGGACUGACUGACCGAGCUGACUUGCAGCCUGUUCUAUUUGUGAUAUUCUUAUUUAUCUACCUCGUCACCGUAAUCGGCAACGUGAGCAUGAUUUUUAUAAUUAGAAGCGACUCAAAACUGCACACCCCCAUGUACUUUUUCCUCAGUCAUCUCUCCUUCGUAGAUCUCUGUUAUGCCACCAACGUCACGCCACAGAUGCUUGUGAACUUUUUAUCUGAGAGAAAAACCAUUUCUUUUGUUGGUUGCUUCAUCCAGUUCCAUUUUUUCAUUGCCCUGGUGAUCACAGAUUACUAUAUGCUCACGGUGAUGGCUUAUGACCGCUACGUGGCCAUCUGUAAGCCCUUACUCUACAGUAGUAAAAUGUCCAGAUGUGUCUGCCUCUCUCUGGUGGCCGCUCCUUAUAUUUAUGGCUUUGUAAGUGGCCUCACACAGACCAUACUGAUGCUACGCCUGUCCUUCUGUGGACCCAAUGAGAUCAACCACUUCUACUGUGCAGACCCGCCUCUCUUAGUCCUGGCCUGCUCAGAUACACAUUUCAACGAAACUGCCAUGUUUGUGGGGGCUGGAACCAACCUUAUCUGCUCUCUCACCAUCAUCCUCAUCUCCUAUAUUUUCAUCUUCGCCGCCAUCCUGCGCAUCCGCUCUGCUGAGGGGAGGCGCAAAGCCUUCUCCACCUGCGGGUCCCAUCUCACAGCUGUCACUGUCUUUUAUGGGACCCUCUUCUGCAUGUAUCUGAGGCCACCUUCUGAGUCAUCUGUAGAACAGGGGAAGAUUGUAGCUGUUUUUUAUAUCUUUGUGAGCCCUAUGUUAAACCCUUUGAUUUAUAGCCUCAGGAACAAAGAUGUUAAAGCAGCAAUAAGGAAAGUUGUACAAAGGAGAUUGUUUCUUAAAUAA